UCAGCCGGGGUGUCCCCGGGGGCUCUCCUCUUGCUUAAAUCAGAAACGUGUGUUAUCUGGGCAGCUGCCAGCCUGCUCUGGGCCGGCCCCCGCCCCGGCGCCCCGGUCCUCCUGAGGGGAGGCCAGCUUGGGGGUGCCCAUGGCCUCCUGUCCCCUCGUCCAGCUGCAGGAAGGCCUCAGCGCCCCCCCAACUCAGCCAGGCUGCUGGGGGAGGGGGAGGCAAACGGCCCAAGGCACGGAGCCCGCGCUGACAGCUUCCUCCACGGCCACCCGAGGCCGCGGCCCCGCGGCUGUAAUGGAAACUUCCCAGCGGGCCUGUGAGCGGACGGCUCCGGUUCCCACUCUGCGAGGCUCUGAUCGCCCGCGGACUGGGGGCCGGGCAGGUGGGCGAGGCCACGCAGGGGUGUGGCACCUGCAGGAGCCCAGCCCGGGGCCCCCCUGGAGGAGGUGUCACCAGGACAGGACCAUGUUCCAAUAAAUGAGGACUGCAGGGCGAGCCUUGAGCCCCGACUCCCCGCCAGAGACGCGACAUCAGACCAGGACGAAUGGAGAGGCCGCUCCGGGCUCGCCGAUGCCCAGGGCGGGGAGGGAGGGCGACAGGAGGUGCCCCCCGUCCAUCCUGAGGCGGAGCCGGACAGAGCGCCGCGGCGUGGAGCCACAGAGGACCUCGAGGCGGGUGCGGUUCCGGGAACCCCUGGAGGUGGCCGUGCACUACAUCGCCAGCAGAGAGCCCGGCACCACCACCAAGGCGCCCAGCCGGCCCCGGCCCCCACGUGGCUCCCUGUUCCUGCGCCUGUCCGUGUGCGUCCUGCUGGUGCUGGUGCUCGGGCUGUACUGCGGCCGGGCCCAGCCGGUGGCGCUGGCCCUGGAGGACCUCCGGGCCCGGCUCCUCGUCCUCGCCCUGCGCCUGAGGCAUACAGCCCUGAGCUGCUGGCACUGCCUGCUGCAGCUGUGACGGCCGCCCCC